AUGGACUUGGAGGUUGAACUUGAUUCGUCUAAGUCAUUGGGGAGAUCUUCCGUUGUUCGGAAACUUUCCGCUACCGAAAGGGCUUCAAACAUGUUACCUGAAACAAGUGUUAGUGCGCAGGAUUUGACUCCAACAGUAACCGGGCGAAAACAGAGUGUAACACGCCGUUCCUCAAUCAACUCGAAUCCCUCUUCAGGUAAACAGUCUGUGGAACCUUCUGAAGCCGAUUCUGACCAGUCUUCGCAGAAACGUCGUCGCAAAUCGCGUCAAAUGUCUGUGGAAAGUGAUUCACCUAUGUUUGCGAAACCUACAUCUUCUACCCGUACACGUCACUUGGUAUCUAGAAGAUAUUCUCCAUCACCGGACACUCGUCCCGGUGCGAAAUUGAAAAACCUUGUUGCCAAGCUUCAAGAAAAGGAAAAGCAAGGAAGGAUACAUGACAAAGAGAAGCAGGGAAAGAAGAAAUUGGAAUUUGCUUUGACGAAACUACCAACGGAUUACGACUCCAUCUCCAUAAUUUUGCUUGGAAACUUGCGUUUUGAACCCAUUGAUUUUCAACUACCUCGUGGAAUUGAGAAAAGGAUACGUGAGGCUGCCGUUGUUCCGCAGGAAUUACCGGUCGUAGACCCUCCAUCCAUCCUCCAAUCUCCACCCAGUUUCCAGCCUCCACUAGUUACUGCCACCAAGGCUAAGACGGCCACCGCUUCUCGACUGUCUGCCAAAGCGCGCAAGGAACCAGUCGUAAAAGAAGAAGUACUGAGUGUGCAAUCAUCGGACGAUGAAGAAGACAAAGAAGUAGUGCAGCCCGUCGUGAGAAUGGCUGACAUCGGAGCUGCUCCUUUUACACCUGCACCCGUGGUGACAUCAACUCCUGCGAUCGUCGCAAAACCUCGAAGGAAGCCCAAAUCGUCAGCUCCGGUAAUCAAACUUCCCAGAAGAAAAACCAUAGAUAUUCCAAUUAGGAUGGAUAUGUCUGAAAAGUCUUCUACUGCAUCCGUAAGCUCCGCUGAAGAUGCCAUCAGCGCACCGUUGGUGCCCGAGAAGCGUCGAAGACGACCAUCAAAACGCGUAGAGAAUGCAGACGCAUCUGAUACUUCUCUCCUUACAUCUUCAUUCUUUUUGUCAGAACGACCAGCGGCUGCUUCGAAGCCCACUACUGAGCCUAAGAAGGGAAGACGUCAUACUAUAGUACCUAUUGCCGUUCCGGUCGAAAUACCCAUGAUAGAUGCGGGAGUUCCUAGUGAAAGCACAUCUAAGGAUGCAUCAGUGGAGAAGGCUCCGAUUGAAAGUACAUCUGCUGCUGUUAGUCAACCCAAAGGAAAUACCCGCGCGAAAGGCAAACGAAGACGCUUGUCUGAUCCUUCUGUUCUUGAAAGCGAACCGUCAAAAUCUACGGAUGUUUCCCGUGCGAUUCCUUCUGCUAAACGCCCGAAGCGCAUUUCUACUGAAGAAACUGCUGACUUGAUGGCAGAGGUUUUGGAGAGACGGAAAGUAUUGGGUAAAAGAUCUGCUACUAAGCGGGUGUCACUUAUCGAGACUCCAUCAACUAGUUCCACAACGUCCGAGUACGUCCCUUCAUCAGAUAGCCGAGGAGCAUCACCCAUCCGGCCAGUACCGCAGCAUACAGCAUUAGUCGGGAAAGAAGACCAUUCUACAAUUGACACGGCAAAGUCUGCUCGACUACCUGCACGAAUACGAACUAGUACUGAUGGUAGAAAAGAGAGUAUCGAUGAAAAACCGAGUUUGAGUGUGACCCCCGAGAGUAAUGACAGCAUUAAAGAGCCCAGUGACCCAUCGACUUCGAGAUCAUCCACCGAAGUCAAAGUUACCAGGAAACAUUCAUCUGUAACUGUGAAGGCUGCUGGAGCUGGAAAAGUGCGGAUUUCUUCAUCAGUUGUAGAGAGCGCAUCAGUAACAUCGAAGUCUCCUAGCCUACUAAGCGUCCGAAGGUCUUCACGUAGCCACACGCUGACAAAGAAGAUGCUCGAUUCGGAUAUCGUGCUGAAGACUGGCCUAGCAACCCCAACCAUCUCCAAACCCGUCGAUCCAAAUUCUGCUCUGGGUAUCUUGCAAAGAGUUUCAAGGUUUACACGUCCUAUACGAUCUCCAUCACCUCAACCGAUGCCUACCGUUCUUCCUCAUCCUUCUGAACCAACAAAAGAGAUCAAAACUACGGCUCCACUGACUGCUGAGAGUGCUCCUGAAGCGGAAAAACCUGUCGAAAAGGAUGUUCAAAGUGCGGACGCUGUUGAAUUAUCCACUGAAAAAGGAAAUGCUUCUUCAUCCCGAGACGCUAAAGGAAGUGUUGAUGUCAUACCACUCGCGGAUUCGAAACCUGAAGUAACCGAGAAGAAACCCGAAGAACUUGCGAGUACCACUACCGUCAUUACGGUUGCUUCGGUCCCAUUGGUACCCGAGACACAAGCUGCUGAACCUAAAGAAAAAACAAUAUCUCCUGUACAGCCUAGUCCCAAGGUUUCCCACACUGAAGAAGCCACGACGGUGACAACUGGUCGAUCUUCUCGCGUUGUUCGCCCGUCUUCUCGGUUCGUCAAUCCAGACUUUGUUUCGCCAAUACGACGAAGAAAGUCCAGCAGCUCGACGGGGCCCAAAGUCGAGCCUACAGCCAAAAGGAAAGAUUCAAAAGCUGCUGUGACUAUUUCGUUGGAAGAGCCUGUAAUGUCGCCUGUAGAAAAGCCUGAAUAUACCAGUCCUAUUGCUGCAACUCAUCCCCCCGAAGAACCUGCUCCCACAACCUCUUCAGAAAAGACUUUGAAACCAACACCAGUUGUGACCCCUGUCCAUACUAUGGAAACGAGAAGGCGAUCACUGAAGAAAACGCGACCGAUUAAGAUCAAGCUCAGACUUGGUUGUUUCCCUAGAGUUAUCGCUGUCAACACAGGAAGCGAUGUUAAAGCAGAUGAGCCAGAGACGAGCAAGCCACCUGCUCCAGCUCCAGUGGCGAUCGUGAAGAAACCCGCAAAGAGGUACAUCUCUCCGUGGUCCCAUUAUGUACCGUCAGUGAAACCUGUGCUUGGAAACGUCUACUACAGCGAUGGUACGGUGGAAAAGUUAGGAGUUUCCGUCAAUGCCGUCAUGGAUCGGCUCCUGCUCGAAGUGUGCAAAGACGGGAUAACCAGACAUUCAGCGAUUGUCAACAAACGCGAGAAAAGGAGAAGAAAUAUCGAAAAGGCUCGUGAACGUGUUGCUCGUUUGAAGAAAGAAAAAGAAGAACGUGAAGCGCAGGGCUGGGUCAUGAGACAACAGAAAGCCUCGCAUCAUAUUGAACCAAGAAGACAUGAAGUGAUGUUCUUCAGAGCCGAAUCUCCAAGGCAUGAGCUAGGUCCACGCCAUCGUGGUGGCCUUCUCCAAAAAGAUUUCCUAUACCCAUCGCUAAAGCGUGGUACAAAGGCAGAAAAGAAAAAGAAGGAGGAGCUGAGAAAAGCACGUUCACGUAGGGUGAUGAGCCAGCUGGCUGAAUCAACUUAUGAUGAAGCAGAAAGGCCAGUAAUGGCCCGACGAGGAUCUGCUCCUAGUAAAGCUGUUCCUGCGAAGAUUCCGCGACCAAGGGAGCCCUCUCCGUUUGAUCCUCAGAAAGAAGAGCGCCUUCGUUUGGAAGCAGAAGAACGCGAGAGACAGAAACGACUGACCAUGCCGAUUUCAUUCAAUACCUUCCUCUCAUCGAAAACAUCAGUUCUUGUUGCUCAACCACUUCUUCAACCUCAGCGCAUUAGCGAUAGGGCCCCUGUUGCCGAUCACUUUUAUCGAGAACUCUUAUGUGAAUACAACUCUCCCGCAGAAGCUGUAGAGGACACGUGGAAUGAUUUCGACAUGGAUGUAGAAGACAGUCUGGAUGUGACGACUAUUGAAGCUGUUCACAUUCCCAAAUUCGAUGAUUAUGUUGCUCCACCCGUUUUGGAUGAAAGUGCCGAACCAGUAGCGACUCAGGUCGAGCAACUUCUUCUCAGACCUAGUCUCUAUGCUGAAGAAGAUGGGAUUUCGUACUUAUAUGAAAAAGCUCUUGAACAGCCAGAACUCCGACGAACUUUAUUGAGUAUGGCCAUAGACUGCAUAUCUGCUUUGCAUGUGGCUCGUCUCUCUGCCUGUGGACGCGAAGCAGCCAUUGUCGUUUACAAUACAGUCACACACCAAGCGAGUAAGAUGCGCGAUGUCAUUUGCAUGUUCAGUAGGGAGCGAGAAGAAGCUGUUUUCUGGAUGCACCGAUAUCUGAUUGAGAUGUUGCCUGUUGAGCUUCUAGCUUCAUAUCUUUUCCUUCUGCGCCACACAAGGCUGCUGAACUGUCAAGUAAAGUCAAUCGUACGCAGCACACAAAAUGAGUCUAGUCCAUGGCCAGAGGUUACAAAAAUCAUAGGAAAAUAUGUGGAAGAGAACGUAGUGGAACCAGAUGCUGCCGAUUUGGAGCGAACAAUCGCUCCCGCUUCGCUCUCUGACGUGGUUUUUGUAUUGGUUGCUCCGAAUGUUACUGUUGGAGAUUUCUCCGUUAGAGAUCGUUUCUAUGACUCCGUAUUCAAAUGGCUGCGCGAAAUUGGUCAUCCUUCUUCUACCAUUCUCAAAAUCAAAAUCGAUGAGAAUUACUCAACUGCUGUUGGCGAGAUGGUACUAACAGCCGUCAAUAUGAUCUCUCGUUUGGUGACAAAGAUGGUCAGGGAACACAGGCAGAAGCGAAUAGUGCUUGUAGGAUGGAGCACAACAUGUUGUUUUAACCACAUGGUGCUGAGCGCUGUUCCCGGCGUUUCAGCAAUCAUCGAUCUUGCAUUCCCCGUGCUUUCGCUUGAUGGCCCACGAGGAGAACCCGAUGACGACAUUUUGCUUACUUACUGUCCAUCCCUUUUCGUGGUUGGAGCGCAGGCUUGCGACUAUCACCCGGCUGCAAUGAAAAUGAUGCGCUCGAGUAUGAUAAUGCCAUCUGGACUUGUUGUCAUCGGCCAUGCCAAUAACAACUUGCUUGUUUCUUGCUCUACGUUAUCACGUCUUCGUAUCACCCAGAAAGUUGUCAAUAGGUGUAUAGUGGAGCAAAUCUGCGACUUUUUGGGAAUGGAGUGGACGAAACGCGAACGUUCUCGUCUUGUGCCCAUGCCGCUGAAUGAUAUAUUCAAAGUCGACUUGACGCAGUUGAAGCUUGAUGAAAAAGCCGCUCAAGCAAGCAAGAAACCCAAGGAUGAGGGAGCUGUUCGGAAGAAGAAGUUGUCUGGCACUCCUCUACAAUCACCGAUUCCUAGAGAAACUUCGCCAUCACCACUACCUAUAUCGUCACUAGACAGCGUUCGCUCAAAUUUCCAGAGUCUGCUGAAAAAAGCCGGCAUCGAAAAGACAACCAGACCAGAGGAACGCCAACUGUUGUCAGGAUCAUUCAAGGAGCCACGUCUACCAGUCAAACCUGUGUCUGAAAUGGACUCACCAGUACCUCGAACCGACUCACCAAAUCUUCUGGAUCCUGCCUCAAUUUCUUUGAUUUGAAAACGCUUACCUCGAAUUAUCUUUGAAUUUCAUUUGUACCUUGAUAAGUUUUAAAAACUUCAUUCUCUGUGUGAUAGUGCAAGUCAGUUAAACACAGAUUGUUAUGUUUAUCAAGCAGGUAAGGAGAAAAGAUAGGGAGGGAAGGGAGGGGAAUUGCAAUUAUGUAAUAAUCGUGGUAUGAGUAGCUUUUUGUACCUAACUUUGACUUCCCGGUAAUCUGCAUUAAUUUUGUCAUGUUGACGAGCAUCUUGAUUCAUGAUAGUGAUUCGUUUAGUGUUCAUGCUUAGUGUAAAUGUCUUCCGUAUACCUUUAAUUUCCCAUAUAAUUGUCGCAGUAUUAUUGUACAAUAAAG